UGAAAGACGACCUUCAAUUUGUGACUUUAAUUCAUCAGCGGCCAUUUUUCUGGAAGUAAGUCAAAAACCCUAACCCAAAAUGGACGGAAGAGGAGAUGGAGCACACAACGGUAGAAACCGCCGAGCAUUCCCACUUCAAUUUCUUCAUAGAGGAGAACGGCCACCAGCUGAUCAACUUCAUGCUGGAAUCAUUGCCUGGAUCGAAUUUCUCAUAAAUGCUGGACACGAGCGGCCUGCCCUUGAUAUGUUUGCAGAUUUGGUGCAGGAUCCUGAGAUCCCAGUUGUCGAUGUCCACAUAAUCAACGAUGAAGACCAGGACAAUGAAGACGACCAGGACCAUGAAGACGACCAGGACAAUGAAGACCAGGAUAAUUUAAAUCCAGACAUUGAAAAUCAGGUAAACAAUGACAAUGAGGAAAAUUCUGGCAACAAUGAAAACGUUGUCAACAAUGAUGGGAGCCAGAACGUCAAUGGAGAUGACAAUAUUGACAACGCUGACAAUCACAGUGUUGAUAAUAAUGAAAAUUCAGAAGAUGCUGGCACUAGUCCUGGGGUUGAGGCUGGCGCAGAAGAAGAUGAUCCCAUGCCUGGAUGUUCCAGGAAGAGGCCAAGAGAGGAGGAUGAAGAAAAUAGUGAAGAUAGUAGCAUCAAAAGAUGUAGAUGGUGGGAUGAAUUUGCUGACAGCAGCUCCGACAGUGACACUAGCAGCAUUGGCUCGGAUUUCAACAAGAAAGCUCUCAGUAGUCCAGUCAAAUUUACUGAGGUUGCUGAAAAAGACACUCAGCCUGGUCCAUCCAGGAAAAGGACAAGGAAGAGUACCAGAGAAGUGGAUGAAGAGGAUAUUGAAGAGAGUAGCAGCAAAAGAUUUAGAUGGUGUGAUGAGUUUGCUGGCAACAGCUCUGCCAAGGUUCCUGAAAAAGACCCUCAGCCUGGUCCAUCCAGGAAAAGGACAAGGAAGAGUACCAGAGAAGUGGAUGAAGAGGAUAUUGAAGAGAGUAGCAGCAAAAGAUUUAGAUGGUGUGAUGAGUUUGCUGGCAACAGCUCUGCCAAGGUUCCUGAAAAAGACCCUCAGCCUGGUCCAUCCAGGAAAAGGACAAGGAAGAGCACAAGAGAGGAGGCUGAAGAGAACACCGAAGAGAGUAGCAGCAAAAGAUUAAGAUGGUGUGAUGAGUUUGCUGGCAACAGCUCUGCCAAGGUUGCUAAAAAAGACCCUCAGCCUGGUCCAUCCAGGAAAAGGACAAGGAAGAGUACCAGAGAAGUGGAUGAAGAGGAUAUUGAAGAGAGUAGCAGCAAAAGAUUUAGAUGGUGGGGUGAGUUUUCUGGCAGCAGCUCUGACAGGGAUACUGACAGCAUUGACCAGGAUUUCUACAACAAAGCUCCAAGUAGUCCAGUCAAACUUGCGGAGGUUGCUGAAAGAGACCCUCAGCCAGCUCCAUCCAGGAAAAGGAAAAGGAAGAGCUUCAGAGAAGAUGAUGACAGCAGCAGCGAGAAAUCAAGACAGUUUUCUGAAAGUAACCCUGAAACUGUAAUUGUCACAACCAGCCACAGUCUUGCUCAAAGUCCUUGCAAAACUGAUGCAGCUAAAGAUGUAAGUGCUGCAGAAGAGACCAAAAAGGAGGAGGAGGAUCCACAGCCAGUGCGACUCAGGAAGAGAUCGAGGCAGGAGGAUGAGGAGGACGAUAGGAGAGGACGCAAACAAUUUAAACAUUCAGAUUAG